AUGCGGCAGGGUAUCUUCUUGGCCAAGAGCAUUCCCAGAAGGGGCUUCAUGUCGGCCACUUUUACCGAGAAGUCGAUAAAACUCGAUCUGGCUGGCGAAUGCGAACUGUUCACUAUCUCCAAGACGACAAGUCCGUGUCAAAUUGACCAGUCUUGCCGUUGCGAUGAGGUAGUGGCGAAACGCUUUGAAGUUGACAGGCAGAGGAGGUGCAAUUUGAGAGCGCGAGACAUUUCCAACAACGCGGUCAACGGAACACGCCAACGCUUACCGUACCUUGACGCACACUCCAACUCGAACAUUUAUUUCGAAUUCCUACACAUGGGUAAAUUCCGCUCCAGGAGCGGCUGCCUUACAUGUCGAGCGCGCCGCGUCAAAUGCGAUGAGACCCGUCCAGUGUGCAAAGCCUGCGGCAAGAAGAACCGCCCUUGCCAGUGGGAAAAGCCACAUACUAAUUUCAAGGAUUACCGACCUGACGGACCCUCGUCAAGUAGAUCUGCUGCCGGCGGCACCGACGACGAAACCGAGACCAAGGAGGAUACGACGAAUGUCGAUGUUGAUGGUGUCGAUAGAAGGGAUGAGGCGGUUCGUGCGAACAGUUUCACCAUGGAAAGUUUCACCCGGAACACUUCACCGAGAAAACGGAAAAAGGGUCGGACCGAUGGGAUAUCGGAAGGCCAGUCUACUAGUGUCUCCUCGCCACUAGCCCAGUUGUCGCCAGGCUCGCUAUACUUUGUUCCCCGAUUCAAGCGCACGACGGGUGGCAUGUCGGUGGCGAGUUUGCUACAAUCGCAUAACCCAGAAGGCAUACCAGAGGUCCCCCUGCCGGUGCAUACCCGCCGGGUGAUGCAGCAGGCGAGUUCGCAUUCGCAUAACCGUAGGGAUAUACCAAAGGGCACGAGAAACUACUUGCCACAGCCUGUUCCUCUGACACACGAAGAGGCUUUGCUGGUGCACCAUUACACCGAACAUCUCGGUCGCUGGCUCGACUGCACCGACGCCACUCGUCCAUUUACGCUGUGGGUACCGGAGAAAAUCAAACAAUGCUCAGUGCUUUGCUACGCCAUCAUGUCCUUUGCUGCUCGCCACUGUGGAAAGGACACGACAGCGGAUGCAGCCUAUCAGCGCUGCAUUGCUCUGCUCAUCGAGCGACUAAAUGAGGACGCUGCUAGCCACGACGAGACUCUCUUGUGCGCCAUUGUCAUACUGCGCUUCUAUGAGCAGCUAACCGUCUCGUCCAGCACUGGUUCAGAUCAUGAACAGGACCUCGCAGGCUGCUCGGUCAUCAUUCGAUCAUCCCAGGGAAACCACUAUGUAGAUCCAUCAGCGCCCACCUUGCGCGAAGCCGUCUUCUGGGUAUACGUACGCCAAUGCCUCUACGAUGCCACUAUCAACCAGCAGCCGCCUGAUAUUGACUUCUCGUUGCAACUGCACCCGACUCCGGUCUCAAUGCGAGAUGCGCACCCGCUGGCUCGGUUAAGGUUAGAGACAGCUUGGGCCAAUCAAAUGACAUGGAAUGUUGCAUGUGUCGCGAACUUCUGCUUCGAUGGUAAGGAACCCCAACACGAGAAAGCUCACAAGAUGCGACGCUGGCAGGAGCUGUGGGAUCUUGUUCAGACGUGGAUGCAUGACAGGCCGGAUACCUUUAAUGCGGUUUUCGAAUGUCCAGCUGGCGAUCAAGGCUCGUUUCCCGAAGUUCUGUUCACGGCCGAUUGGCACACUGUAUCGUUUGGCUUUUACCAAUUUGCGUGUAUUAUGCUGCUAUGUUAUAAGCCAGGCCCGAAGUUCGCGAUCCGCAAUGUCGGGAGCAUUUCGGAUACAGGCCAUCAAAUUCUAUCGCACGCACGCGCCAUUUGCGGGGCUAGCAAUAGCUCACCGGAGACUGUCCCACUGGCGAUUACCGUCUGCCAUAGCGUCUUCAUCUGGGGACCGCUCGUAUGCAAUCCUAGAGAGAGGGAUCAAGUAGUACAGAUCCUGAGCAACUUCGAAAAACAUCAUGCCUGGCCAACGACAUGGAUCAUUGACGCAUUAAAAGCUGAAUGGGGCACCCCUACUUCCUCGAUCUUUCCGACAUAG